AUGGGACAGUUCUCAACUUCUAACUUUUCAGGAAAUCAAUACUUUGAAUGUAAUCCUCCACUUGAUAAUUCUACGCAUAACAAAAAUAUAAACAAUUCGGGUAAUGGGGAAACGAAAGAGUCACAUUUUCUUCCCAAUCAAUUUUUAUCAUACGGUUUGGGCAUAAAUCCAGCUGGAACUAAUAAUUUGAAUGGAUCAUUGCAAUUCAUUCCUCCGUCACCUAAUUUCGCUGUCUGGCCUGAAAAUAAUACCUCCGCAUGCUCAUCUAUUGCAACACAACCGAAUCAGAACAUUGUUCGUCCGAAUCAGUCGUUUGCUUUCAGUAAUACUUUAAACUCCAACCCUAAUAAUCCAUGCACGAACACAUUAUCUCAGUUAUGGAAUAUGAAUAUGAAUCAAACAUUACCAAAUCAAACGUUUGGGAAUUUCGUUUCUCACUCAGCAAAUAACAACGUGGCACCAAACAAUGAAAUGUAUUUAUCUCAGGUUAAAAGUCAGUUAACUUCAUUAUAUCUUGGCAAAAGUCCACUGAAUCCAUAA